ACAUUCAAAUAUUCAACAAACAACACAACAGUAUCAUCAGCAAUCAAAUAAUAUUCAAAGUUCACCAAUAAAAAACAAUCCAAAAACACCUUCACCAAAAACAAAUAGUUUGCCAAUAUAUAACCAAUCGCCACUAAUAAAGAAUAGUCUCAGUAUUAGCGAUAGUUCAUUACCUUCAUCAAUGUCAUCACCAAUGGUUUAUCAAUCAAAUAAUACAAACACAUCAUUCUUAAAUAUGAGCCAACAUCAAUUAGGGAUACCAAACUUUAAUCCAUUAAAUGUUAAAGAGGAUAUUCAUUCAGUUUCUUCAACAUUGGGUAUUUCAAUUUCAUCUUCAACAACAACUAACUCAUGCUCAAUUUCUUCGCCAUCAAGUUUAAAUAAAAGUAAUGGCAGUAAUAAUUUAAAUAGUAGUACAGGUGGUACAUCAAGCCAAUCCCCAUUAGUUUUAUCAUCAAAGCAAUCUGGAUCAUCCUCAUCCUCUUCAUCCUCUUCAAAUUCAAUUAUUUUACAUAAUAGUGCAAGUGGUGGAAGUAGUAGUUUGGAUGAUAAAAUUGGGUUAAAAGAAAAAGAAGAGGUUGCAAGAGUGGCAUACAAAUCUUGGUUUGUUAUUAAACCUGGGAAUAAAGAGGUUAAAGAUAAAUGGUGGUCUUUAUACUACACAAAGAUAUUACCUAAAUUCCAUCUUAGAGAUAACCAUUUGGGUCGUAAAAUAAACCAGUGGAUAGAAGAGGAUAUGAAAGAAUUAGAAAAAAAAAAUGGUGGUAAUUCCUCUUCAUCUGGGAAUGAAGAUGACUCAACUGAGUCUGGUAAAAAAAGAAAACCAAAUUCAACAAAAGAAGGAACCCAGCCAGCAUAUAUAAAUGUUCAAUUAGUAAAUCCUGAUCCAAACACUGAUUCGGAAAAUGUAAAGUUAUUAUCAGAAUAUUGUAUAAAUAAAUCAAUUUUUUGGACAGAGCCUGAAUUAGAAACAUUGAUUGCAAUUUUCAAAGAAAAUAGGAUUAAAAUAAUGGAUAAUAUAAUAUCACAAACAAAAAAGAAAUCAAAUAGCAACCUUACCAGUCCUAACACUACACCAUUAUUAACAUGUUCCACACCCUCUGCUCUAAUACCUCAACCGUCAUCCAAUAACAAUAGCAAUAAUAAUAACAAUAAUAAUAGUGGUAUACUUACAGUAAAUAAUAUAAGUGGAGGCGAUUCACCCGUUCUUAAACAUGCAUUAUCAUCACCAUUUAAAUCAGGCUCAAAGAAACAUAAGAAAAAUAAAGUUAAAAACGAAACCAAUGCAUAUUUUGUAUCGACGAAUUAUGAAUGGGUAAAUGGAGAAAUAGCUCAAAGUAAUGAUUUUUAUUGGGUAAAAUUAGAUUUACCUGGUAUCGAAAACAACAUUACAAUUAAAACUGAUGAAACAAACAAUAAAAUUAUAAUAGGUAGUACCAGAUUCUCAGAUGAAACUGUGAAAAUACUUGCAACUAAUGGUAAAAAAAAAUAUGGUAAUUUCGAAAUUGAAGCAUAUCUUCCUAAUGAUAGUAAUGUUUUAAAAUAUGAAAAAAUGUAUAUUAAUGGAGUACUUUCAUUAAAAGUCCCAAUCAUUCAAUCUCAAACACCUCAGCAACCAUCUCAACAACAUUUAACCCAAACCCCACCACAACUUCAACUUCAAUCACCAAUUCUUUCUAAACAACAACACCAAAGUCAACAAACAGUACAAUUACAACAACAUUUACCACAACAAUAACCAUAUUAAUAUUUUUUUCUUUUUUAUUUUUUUUAUUUUUUUUCUUUUUUUUUAAUUUAAUUAUUCAUUUAAAUAAAAUGUAUAGUUUUUUUUU